AUGUGUGCAGAAAAUUCUUCAUUGUGUUUAAAAACUAAUGUUCGUAUUCCUAUAGUUCAAUCGAUACAAAUUUUUCAUGAUAAUUAUCCGUCAUAUUCAACAAUAACACGUUCAGAUGGUUUUAUUAUUCGUAUAAAUGAAUGUUAUCUUGUACGAAAACGAAAUGAAAAUUUAACAUCAUCACAAUAUGAUAUAUUUUUUAUUGAACGUCUUUGGAUUGAUAAUAAUAAUGUUAUACAAGCAUCAGGUUUUUAUUAUUUACGUUCAUAUGAAACAUUUCAUGAAGUUAAUCGAAAAUUUUUUUCAAAUGAAGUAUUUCGUUUUCCAUCAAUAAAUGAAUCAAUUAAUAUAAAUUCAAUUUUGCGUCCAUGUUAUAUAUUAGAUACAGGAACUUAUUGUAAAGGUAAACCAAUAUGUGAAUAUAGUAGUCGAAUAUUAACAAUGGAUUUAUUUAUAUGUGAAUAUCGUGUUGAUAAAUCAGCUAAAAUAUUUACACGUUUACCAAAAUCAAAACAUAAUGGAUGUAAUAUGAAAUCUUAUUGUUUUGAUAGUUAUAUUGAAAAACUUUCAAUUAAAAGAGAUUAUCAGGUAUGUUGCUAACUUUAAAAUUUAAAUAAAUAAUAAACGAAAUAAAAUUUAUAGAUAAAUUUAUUUUGAAAUAGAUCCUCUUUCAUUAGAGACGCUUCUUCUCUCAGAAAAGUCGACUUUUCUAAAAAAAAAAACUCGAUUUCAAAAUUUAUACAUAUUCUGAGAGUCCUUGCGGUGUGCAUAAUAUCUUUUGUCAAAAGAAGAAGGUUAAGUUUUUUUUAGAAGAUUCACAAGCUAAUGAAUGUUAGAGCUCGUCAGAUUGACUUCGAAUCCAAGUCUGAACACUUCAUUGAAUAGUAUUGGUUUUUUGAAAAAAUUUUAAGCUUUUAAUUCUUCUCCAGACGCUUUCAUCAAGAAUUAUUUUUCAGAUUUCUUUGUAUUAGUAGGCAGUCAUCUUGAAUAAUGGAAACUAAUAUCAGUGAAAUACUCUUUAAAUUUUAUAUUUAUUGAGACUUUCAAUCAAAUAAAUUGAUUUAGAUAAAUUUUUUGUCAUAACUGUAAAUAAAAUUCCAUAUACAUUGAAACUUCUACAAAUGAGAUUUAUGCUGGAAAUGUCUCUCUCUCUCUAAUGUAAACAAAAAAAAACCUAUUGAUAGACUUUUUUAGAAAUCUUUUAAUUCAAAACAUGUAAACGAAAAUAGAUGCACAAGAGAACAAAUCAUUAGACCCUUAUUGAAAUUUUUUUCAGACACAGAUAUCCUGAAAGCUUUUCUUCAUUUCAUAGUAAACAAAACUAACGAGGGAACAUCGCCAACUGUCCAAUCGCUUUUUAAAUAAAACCUACUGGGUUCUAGGUUAUCGACUAUGUUGAUUCCGAAUAUGGGCACGAGA